AUGAUUCUGAUUUUGUUCAACAAUUUGGCCAUAGAGAAUCGGCAUACAUUGUCUAAUUCUUCCGACCUUCCCUUUGAAUAUUGUUAUGACCUGAGUGCAAAUCAAAGCAGCUUUAAGUACCCUGUAAUGAAUCUGACUAUGAGAGGUGGAGAUUACUUCUUUGUUAAUGAUCCAAUUGUAGUGAUUCCCUUGCAGGCUGGAGAUGUAUACUGUUUAGGUGUUGUGAAAAGUGACAAUGUGGAUAUCAUUGGGCAAAAUUUCAUGACCGGUUAUCGUAUAGUUCUUGAUCGCGAGAAGAUGGUACUGGGCUGGAUACCAUCAGACUGUGAGUAACUUAUGUUUGUUUUCCUCUGCAUUUUAUGCUGGUCCGGUCGACCAUCUCUUAAAUUCGUGACAAUGGAUUUCAACAGGUUAUGAUAAAGAGACCUCAAAAACAUUACCGGUGAAGCCGUCAAAUGCCUUCCCUCCUGCCAUUGCUGUCAAUCCGGAAGCCACAGCAGGGAAUAGUAACGGUACCAACAAUUCAGGGGCACCACCAUCCAUUACAAAUCCGUCAACCCGCCUCAAAACCUUGUUUUACACUUUCACACUUGCUCUCAUUCCAUUUUUUGCUUUGAUUUGAUCGAAUUAUUUAUACCGGACCUUGUACCGUACGUACUUCUAUAGGUAUACAGAGCAAAGGGAAGCAUGCUUGG